AAAGCAGGAACGUCGUACACUGUCAGCAACAAUGGGGAAGGAUGAGCAAAACGCACUUGUAAAUACAUAAGUCCACGCAGCAUUAAUACGAGAAGAGUCAAAAGAGACACCCACAUACGUUUCGCCUCGCUCUAGAACUUAAUUAUCGUUUAUAGAAAGACACCAACGGAAUUUUCCUGCGUCAUAACAAUCAACAUUAAUUAAUACAUAGCUAAAAUGUUGUUGCCUCGGUCGUGGCGAGUAGCUUGCAGCUUCUAAGGAGGACCAUACGUCCCGACCCUUGCGGGUAGCAUACGGAAAUGGCAACUUUAACAUACACUGUAUUUUCCUUAGGAGAGGCGCAGCUACACCAGCUUCACACUAGCAAUGGAAAGCUUUUUGUUAUGGGGGAGGUUGCGGUGGAGCUGUUCCAGGAGAGUCCCACAGCCUUCCUACAGGAACUGCGGAAGAAUAAGCUCUCGAAACUCCAAUCAGCAAAUCGCGAUGUGUUGCAUACGGUUGCCGAGCUGCACCUGCCCGUGGAGAGCAGUGCAAACACCCAGGGCGUGUGUCUCUUGCCAGCGUCAACGGUGGAAACCUUGUUGGUGGACAAGCGGAGAAUAGAGCUGGUGCAGCCCUUUAAGCUUGCGCUGCUAAAACUGGCGUCUCAGGAAGCCGCCCGGCUCAUGGCGGCCGGCGAGUACGAGCUGGCCCUCCCCGUGGCCCUGGACGCCGUGCAGCAGGGCCAGGCGCUGUUCAAGCCCGCCCCCGCGCUGCAGCUCUUCCCGCUCUACCUGCUGGCCGCCCAAGCCAACCUGGGGCUGCGGCGCGCCAAGCAGUGCGAGGACUUCCUGGCGCUGGCCUCCUGGCUGGCCAUGAAGGAGCCGGGGCUGACCACCAGCAUCAUGAAGAGCCAGCUCAGCAGGCUGUACGGGCAGCUGUACGCCUUCCAGUCCAAGCACGCGGAGGCGCUGCAUGCGUUCGCGGAGGACGUGUACUACUGCUCGCUGGAGUACGGCCCCGAGGAUGUGCGCACCUCGCUGGGCUACUACAACAUGGGCAAGGUGUUCCAGUCCGCGGGCGACCCGGACAAGGCCGCCUCCUGCAACGACCAGGUGGUGGCCAUCUGGGCCACCGCGCUCAACGCCGUGGUGCUGGGGCUGGUGGACAGCGGCAGCGGCCGGCCUGCGCCCGUGCAGCUGCCGGUGGGGCGGCUGCAGCUGAUGGAGGUGGUAGACAUGCUGGCGGACAUUGCGCGCACGCGGGCGGGGGCGCUGGGCGCGGGGCACGUGACGGUGGGCGAGGCGCACCUUGUGACGGCGCUGGCGCUGAUCCAGCUGGAGGAGCGGGGGCGGGCGGCGGAGGAGCUGGAGGCGGCGGCGGCUACGUUUGGGGCGGAGGACGGGGAGCGCAUGCGACUGGUGGAGAUGGCACGGGUGAUGCUGAAGGCGCUGGGAGGGUGAGAGAGGAGGGUGCGAAGGGAGGGGUAAUGGCCGAGCGAGGAAAGUGCUGUGACCGAACAGAGGCCUUCAAGGAAGGGAGUUCAGCCGGUGACAGACCGCCUGACGGUGUACUUGAUAGGGAUUACUGCUCGGCUGCUUGUUCAGGGUGCCGGAGAGCUGCUUACAUGUGCAGCUAAAUAGUAGUAGGAGGUGGAUUGGAGCACAGCACGUAUUGUGGGGAGGUUCCCAAAAACUGGGAUGACGGCAUGGAUGAUGAGAUGAGAUGAGGAGGGCGUAGCCAAGAUGCGAUGUGGAUUAUCGUGCUGCGGAACUGCCCAUUGGCGAGGCGUUUCGCAAUGUUCCCCAUGAAUUGCAGUUGGGAAGAAACCGUGCCCACGGUGACCCACGGUUCUAUCCUAGAAGUCUUAUCGGUUAUUGCACUAUGCUAUUGCAAAUGCAGUCGGACAUGAUCUGUAAUGGACAUGGCAGUGCUA